AUGGCUGAAGAUCUGUGUUGGCACCAUACCAAUGCCACUGAAGAUGGUACAAUGCGAUACCCCGUUGAUUCUAUCUCUUGGGCACAGGUGAAUGAUAAAUGGCCAUACUUUGCUGCUGAACCAAGGAAUCUUCGACUUGAGAUUUCUACAGAUGGGAUGAACCCUUUAUCCAUGCAAAACACCAAUCACAUCACAUGGCCAGUGUUGUUAGUGAACUAUAACAUGCCUCCAACUAUGUGUAUGAAGGCUGAGAAUAUAAUGUUGACUUUGUUGAUCCCUGGUCCACCAGCUCCCGGUAAUAACAUAGAUAUUUACCUAGAACCACGGAUAGACAAUUUAAAAGAUUUGUGGGAGGAGGGUAUUGAAGUGUAUGACUCAUUUGCGAAGGAGAAUUUCAAACUUAGAGCCUUGCUGCUUUGGAGUAUCAGUGACUAUCCAGCCUUAGGAACAUUGUCUGGAUGUAAAAUGAAGGGGAAACAAGCCUGCAAUGUAUGUGGAAAGGAUACACCUUCUAGGAAAAAAGAGAGGAAAAGACCAGAGUUGGAAGAUGAUGAGAUGGUUCAAGAAGAAGAGUGUGAAGAAUCAAAUGAUCUAUUGCGGUGGAAGAAGAGAUCAAUAUUCUUUGAACUACCAUACUGGAAGGAUAUGCCUGUUCGUCACAAUAUUGAUGUUAUGCACGUAGAAAAGAAUGUGUCGGAUGCUAUAUUGUCUAUCUUGAUGCAAAGUGCCAAGUCAAAAGAUGGGUUGAAAGCAAGAAAAGACUUAGAAGAUAUUGGAAUCAGAAAUAACUUGCACACAGAGGUGAGGGGAAAGAAAACAUACUUACCUCCAGCUGCUUAUUGGUUAUCCAAAAAAGAGAAGACCAUUUUCUGCCAAAGGUUAGCUAAGUUUAGAGGUCCUGAUGGUUAUUGUGGUAAUAUUGCGAAUGGUGUUUCAGUUAACCCUCCGAAUAUUGGUAGUUUAAAGUUGCAUGAUCAUCAUGUGCUAGUACAAAACUUGUUACCGGCUGCAUUAAGAGGGUUGUUACAUAGGGGUCCUAGGAUGGCCGUAAAUAGAUUAUGCAGUUACUUCAACAGGUUGUGUCAGCGCAUCAUUGACCCGGAGAAACUUAUGUCAAUGAAGACAGAGUACAUGAAAACACUAAAGGCUUUUGUUAAGAAUCAUGCAAGGCCAGAAGCAUGUAUGGCUGAGGGGUAUUUAGUUGGAGUAUGCGUUGCAUUCUGUUUAGAGUUCCUUAAAGAUUCAGUACCAGUUCAAGAAGCAGUAUAUCGUAAUGAAGAUAUUGAGGCUGACAGAAUUGUGGUUGAAGGCCGACCUCUGCAGACGGGUAUAGAGGUUACCCUUUCAAAUAAAGAUAGAGACAUUGCACAUCGCUAUGUGCUAAUGAACAUGGCAUCUUUGGAUCCCUUUGUUGAGUAA